CUCCUUCAUCUCCGUCUUGCGCAAACCGUUAGAGCCUCCUGCCCACCUCCACUAUACUCCCCUCCCCCUGCGCAACCCAUACAAACCCACACUAUCCUUCCUAUAAUCUCUUCUCACUUUUAAUUUACCAACUCCUGACAGAGAUUGUGGUGUCAAGUGUUGAAAGCUAGCAAAUAGAAACGAGCAUUGGAGCUGAGAGAAGGAAUAAAGAUCAAUUGCUCUUGCUGGUGUCAUGGAAGCUGAAGAAGAAAAUCCUGCAUCAACUUCAGUGUUGGAGUCUUCUCCAGCAGUCCCUGAUAAUCAAACUCUGAUGCUUACUGUUGAAACAAUUCCACCUCAUCCUGUCCAACCUAUUAUUCCACCAGUGGUCCCAGCAGCAAUACCACCAGUGGUUGUGCCACCUAUAGCUCCAAUACCCACAAUUCCUCCUCCCCAAGUUCCUGCUCCAUUAGCACCUCUACCAGUCCGACCUCCUAUCUUUAAGCCCGCUAUGCCACCACAAAAUGGGGAGGUGAGAAGCAGUGACUCGGAUUCUGAUCAUGAUGACUUGGGUCCAACACGGGCUGCCACAGGUGAAUAUGAGAUUUCAGAGGAGAGCAGACAAGUAAGGGAACGCCAGGAAAAGGCAAUUCAGGAUCUUCUCAUGAAGCGACGUGCUUCUGCUCUUGCGGUGCCUACUAAUGAUAUGGCUGUCCGGGCUCGUCUUCGCCGGCUUGGUGAACCCAUAACACUUUUUGGGGAAAGAGAGAUGGAAAGACGGGAUAGAUUGCGGAUGCUUAUGGCAAAGCUGGAUGCUGAAGGGCAGUUGGAGAAGCUGAUGAAAGCUCAUGAGGAAGAGGAGGCUGCAGCUACUGCUACUGCAGAUGAUGCUGAAGAAGAAAUGAUCCAAUACCCUUUUUAUACUGAGGGUUCAAAGGAACUCUUGGAUGCUAGAAUUGAUAUUGCAAAAUAUUCUAUUGUUAGAGCAGCAUCUCGUCUUCAACGUGCAUGUAGGAAAAGGGAUGAUCCGGAUGAAAACAUUGAUGCAGAAAUUGAUUGGGCUCUGAGGCAGGCAGAGAGUUUGUUUCUUGAUUGCAGUGAGUUUGGGGAUGAUCGGCCACUCUCUGGUUGCUCCUUCUCACAUGAUGGGAAUCUGCUCGCUACAUGUGCCUUAAGUGGAGUUGCUAAGAUAUGGAGCAUGCCAAAAGUGGAAAAGGUUUCUGCCUUGAAGGGACACACUGAACGUUUGACUGAUGUUGCAUUUUCUCCUGUGCAAAACCAUUUGGCUACUGCUUCUGCUGACCAGACUGCAAGGUUGUGGAACUCUGAUGGAUCUCUCCUGAAUACUUUUGGAGGCCAUCUGGAUCGUCUUGCACGAAUUUCUUUCCAUCCAUCAGGAAAAUACUUGGGCACAACCAGCUUUGACAAGACAUGGAGACUGUGGGACAUAGAUACAGGAGUAGAGUUGCUUCUUCAAGAAGGUCACAGUAGGAGUGUCUAUGGAAUUGCCUUCCACCAUGAUGGAUCUUUGGCAGCUUCUUGUGGACUGGAUUCGUUGGCACGUGUUUGGGACCUCCGUACAGGAAGAAGUAUUCUUGCCUUUGAAGGUCAUGUUAAGCCGGUCCUCGGCGUUAGUUUUUCACCCAAUGGAUACCAUCUAGCGACUGGUGGUGAGGACAAUACUUGUCGCAUAUGGGACUUGAGGAAGAAAAAAUCUUUAUACGUUAUUCCAGCACACUCUAAUCUUAUAUCACAAGUGAAGUUUGAGCCUCAAGAAGGGUACUUCCUAGUGACAGGGUCAUAUGACAUGACAGCUAAGGUUUGGUCUGGCCGAGACUUUAAGCUUGUAAAAACCUUGUCAGGGCAUGAGGCAAAAGUUACUUCUUUGGAUGUCGGUGCAGAUGGGUGUUCCAUUGCGACCGUCUCACAUGAUAGGUGGAUCAAGCUGUGGUCGGUCAAUAGAAAGGAGCAGGCUAUGGAUGUUGACUGAGUUGCCAUUUAGCUUCAUGGGUUCUCUAUUUAGCUCUCUCCCAGUUUCACUUUUCAAAUCUUUUUAGACAAAAUGGUUUUCAGAGUACUAGUUUUUCUCAGAAACAUUUUUUCUGUGAGAGAUGAAAGCAUCUUGCAUCUGAAAGGAUUUUGAAGCCACUUGUAUUCGGUCUGCUUGUUCAAUGAUCUAACUCUGCCUUUAUUUAAAUUUUGUUUAUAUUACUGAUCAAAUUAGGUAAAAUUGCUUGUUAAUAGGAAAUCUGUAACAGAUUUACAUUGAAAGUUAUGGAAUAGUGUUUUGGCAGAUUCAAUGUAGUUCAUAUUUUUAUUGACAGUUGAAAUGAUAGAAGACAAUUUUUUAGACUUGGAAAAGUUAGUAGUUUCUUCUGGAUU